CGACCUCGACCUUGAUCUCACUCUUCCAACUCUCAACACACUGUUUGCAAAAAGACCACAACAAAUACAUCCAAAGCAAUCUCCAACAUGCCCAGAAUCAACGUCACGCUGAAGAAGGGAGCCGACGCGAGUCAGCUCGAGCAAGCCAAGAAGCAGGUCCAGGAACAAGGAGGCAAAAUCGUUGAGGAGUUCACGCUCGUGAAGGCAUUCACUGCCGAGUUCCCCGCCGAUACCGUUCACACCCUUCAAACCAACGACCACGUCACCGUCGAGGACGAUGGUGAAGUCAAGACGCAAUGAUGUAUGACACGGAACGGUGGAACGGAGGCUCAAGCUCAAUCGGGACAGACUGUUAAGAGAGGUAAAUAGAAGAUGAGCUUAUAACGACGAUGUUCAACGCGAGA